AUGAGCGACCUUCCUUUUCCUGUAUUGCCCAAGACCGACGAAGGGAAGAGGAUAUGUCAAGUCAUCAGGGUCAAACCUGAACGAUUGGAGGAGUACAAGAAGGUACAUGCGGCAGUAUGGCCAGAAGUCCUUGAAGCAUUGAGGAAGGCUCAUGUAGUCGACUACUCUAUCCACUUCUUCGAACCUCAUAAUUUGCUUAUCGCCCAUAUGAGGUAUAUCGGUAACGACUUCGAUAAUGACAUGAAGGGUAUAGCGGAGAACGAAGCUACCAAGCGAUGGUGGAAGCUCACAGACGGUAUGCAAGAGAGUUUCGUACCCGGUGCUACCGGCUCAGAAAGUGGUCCAGGAUGGUGGACAGCUGCCGAAGAAGUGUUCAGAAUGGAGGGUUGA